AUGCAAAGUUUGGCUCGAUUCACGACAUGUGCCAGUUCGGCCACUUUUGCGCACUGCUAUUUCCAGGACGAUCGCACCAUUAAUCGUCAAUUAGAUACUCUUUAUACCAACUUUUUGCGUUAUCCGAGUCUGAUCCAUGUGAAUGGAAACCCUCAACAUUACUUGAACGCGAUGCGAUGGCGCAUUAAUAUCUAUAUGCAUGCUGGUUAUGCCGAUCUUCGUUACGGUGCCUUUGUUCCUCGAUGGAAAGUGCAAAAUUUCCUUACCCAACUCGGAAAAUCCGGCCUGAGUAAAGAACGUCUUCGUCUUGCCGAUAUCUAUUUCACCCUGUGGACGAAUCAGUACCCCUGGAUAGUCGCCGAUCCUUCGAUGGCCACGGAGACGGAUAAGGGAGCGGAAAUUGAAAACUUCGACCGAUUUGAUGCCAUGCGACGGUUGCAACAUGUGCUGGAAGCAGAUACAUCCGAUACACCAAAAGAUUAUAUUGAACGUCUUCACGAAUCGCCAGCAUUGGGGAAUAGGGAUGUAAAGGCAGCAUGUUUCAAUGGACAAUGCUUGUUCACCACCAACAUUGAUCCUUUCCCCGUGCCGCAUCACGUCCAUUUUAAUGCAUCCGAUAUGCCGAGUCUGCAUGCUUUGGAAAAUGCGUACAACUCUCUGGAUGAGAUGGACGUCGGUCUGUGGACGCAGUAUAGUUUUGAAAAGGCAGUGGAUCAAAACAAGGAUACAUGCUGGAACACGUAUCGAAAUCCUAAAGCGGGCGAUUACUUUGGUUUGAUUAUCGUCGGAAGUAUCCAAGCGGACCAAUUGUCCAUCUUUAGCCGUCAACCUAUAUCCAAUCAACACGAUACAUGGCAGGUGUACGUGAUGCAAGAUGAUAACGAAUGGAUUACUUGUCGUACAUCCAUUCUCGAUCAAUCUUCCAAAUCGCAUGAUGCAACACUACAACUUGAUUGUGGAGACACGACUCGUUUCCGAGCCAUUCGCGUUGUAUUUGCCAAAGAUCAAAGCGAGCCUUUUAAGCUGUGCGGUUUACGGUUAGACAGUCUUGCUGUUUGA